AUUUUGCUUAUUAUUCCUAGUCCAAAGGCAAAAACAUUAUCAUAAAAAUAUUCUAAAUUCUAAUAUUUUGGUAAUUUCAAAAAAUCAAAGACAACCCAGGCGCGUGUUCUAACAUUGGAUUUGGGGUUGCGCUUUCUUCUUGCUCCGUUCGGAAUUGAUUCGGUUGGAUUCGGAGAUGUCUGGGAUAUGGCGGUGGAAGAGCGCCAGAGUCAUUGCCUCCAGAUCAAGCCGUUGGGCUUCGUUCUCGGCGCCGGAGGGGCCCUCGCGGAUUCCGGAUCGCCGGCUCCGCCACGUGAUGCCGUCUUAUUGGCGCACGAGUCGGAGGACUCGGAUUAGGUCGGAGGCAGUCGCCGGAAAUGUACAAGAGAGGUACAAGUGGGGUCGCGGCGGCGACGACGACUUCCACUCCUCCACCACCACCCGCCGGAGAAUUAGGGCCGAAGCCAACUGCCCUCGCUGCUCCAAACCGCUGGAUCUCGUCUUCUCCAACCGCCACCUCCCUCUCUCAAUUUCGCCGCCUGAUUCCAGUAUCAAUGGUAUUGAUGGCGGUUGUGGUAGUAACGGUAACGGUAAUAAUGAUGAUGGGAAUAAUAAUGGUAAUAAUCAUGGAGGGGGAGGAGGAGGAGGCGGGGGAAGCCAUCAAGCAGCGGUGAAUCUCUGCCCUAGCUGUAAGAGCGCUUUUUAUUUCAGGCCGUACAGGACUGCUCCGCUUCAAGGCAGCUUCAUUGAGAUUGCGAGGAGGGAGAAGAAACCUAGCUUUGGCACUAAAGAUUCCCGCCAUCACGAAGUUUACGGUGAUAAUGCCGACGACAACGAUCAUGGCAGCAGGCUCAGAGUGUCAUUUUGGGAGACUCUAAGAAGGUCCUACGGUGGUGAGCCCCCGGAGAAUUGGCCGCAUCCUCCCCCUCCCCCUCCCCCUCCGGAGAAUGGUCUGGCUGUCCAUACUCCCCCUGGUCCACCUUUUGCGCCGGGAACUAAUUUCAUCCGUGCAGCUGGUGGCCGCAAUGAUGGUAGUGAUGGUAGUUCAUCAGGUGAGAAGAAAAGUUGGGGCGGGUCCAAUUUCGGAAGGGAUUUGCCCACGCCAAAGGAGAUCCGCAAGGGCCUCGAUAAGUUCGUUAUUGGUCAGGAACGGGCAAAAAAGGUACUUUCAGUGGCUGUUUAUAAUCACUACAAGAGGAUAUAUCACGCCUCCUUGCGGAAAGGGUCAGAAGCAGAAUCAGGAACUUCUGCAACAGAAGACGGUGACGAUAAUGUGGAGUUGGAGAAGAGUAAUGUACUGCUGAUGGGACCAACUGGUUCAGGCAAGACAUUACUUGCAAAAACUCUUGCUCGUUUUGUGAAUGUGCCCAUUGUAAUUGCUGAUGCGACAACUUUAACACAGGCUGGUUAUGUUGGAGAAGAUGUUGAGUCAAUAUUAUAUAAACUGCUUACGGCUGCUGAAUUUAAUGUACAAGCUGCUCAACAAGGAAUGGUUUACAUUGAUGAAGUUGAUAAAAUUACCAGAAAGGCCGAGAGCUUAAACCUAAGUAGAGAUGUUUCUGGUGAGGGUGUCCAGCAAGCAUUGCUGAAAAUGCUGGAAGGAACUAUAGUAAAUGUUCCUGAAAAAGGGGCAAGGAAGCAUCCUCGGGGUGAAAGCAUUCAGAUAGAUACUAAAGAUAUCCUUUUUAUCUGUGGUGGAGCAUUUGUUGAUUUAGAGAAAACCAUUUCAGAGAGACGGCAGGACUCUUCUAUUGGGUUUGGAGCACCUGUUCGUGCUAACAUGAGAACUGGUGGAUUGACUAAUGCUUCCGUAACAUCAUCAUUACUGGAAUCUGUAGAAAGUAGUGAUCUUAUGGCAUAUGGGCUUAUUCCAGAGUUUAUUGGACGCUUUCCUAUUUUAGUUAGUUUGUCAGCUUUAUCUGAGGAGCAACUUGUUCAGGUCCUUAUGGAACCAAAAAAUGCACUUCUUAAGCAAUACAAGAAAUUAUUUAGCAUGAACAAAGUCAAACUACAUUUCACGGAAGAAGCAGUCCAAAUAAUUGCAAAGAAAGCAAUGGCCAAGAACACUGGGGCAAGGGGUUUGAGAGCCAUACUGGAAAGCGUUCUAACCGAAGCCAUGUACGAGAUUCCAGACGUAAAGACGGGAAACGACAGAGUAGAUGCUGUUGUUAUUGAUGAGGAGUCGGUAGGUUCUGUAAAUUUGCCAGGAUUUGGAGCCAAGAUUCUGUGUGGAGAUGGGGCCUUGGACCGAUAUCUUGCCGAGGCCAAGUUGAAAGACGAAGAAGGGCAAGAUGGUGAAGCUGCUAAGGAGGAGCUGCUGCUUGAGGCUGGUGGUGCAGCGGGUCUCGUCUAAAGCCAUGAUCAUGUAGAUGUAAAUCAUUUCUUCUGGUUGUCAUUGUUGCCCCCCAUUUUUACAAUGUUGUAAAGUUCACAUCCCCAAUUUGGGUUCAGUUAUGCCCUGGUUGGUUCCAUAUUCAAUUUAAAUCAAUAUAGGAAAAUCGAUAACUUUUAAAGCUUCGU